AUGGAGUACCGACCGGUAGGUACGAAAGGAGAACCAGGACCUAAAGGUGAUCGAGGUGAACCAGGGCUCAAGGGCGAGAAGGGGGAUGAAGGAGAGAGAGGACCCACGGGCCUCCCGGGGGCCAAUGGAAUACCGGGAACCCCGGGAGAGAAGGGCGAACCAGGGCCCCAAGGACCGCCCGGCCCUAGAGGAGAGCGGGGACCAGUGGGACCUGGCGGAGGCGAGAAGGGAGAGCGGGGGAAAAGGGGGCGCCGGGGCAAACCUGGUCCCCCGGGACCCCCCGGGCGGACUGGGGACCUAGGCUAUCCUGGAGCAACCGUGAAAGCUGAGUUGAAAGGCCUAUGCAGACUGAACAAAGUAACUGUUAGGGCCUUAGUGAUCUCCAGCAAUGGUCUGAUAUCAGUAUCCACUGUGGGAACUACUGAGAAGUUGGGUUUCUCAACAGCCAUUAUAAAUGAAGCCCAGAAAGCUAUUCUGCUGAAUACUGCGAGGAUUGCGUUGCCGGGACGACCAGGACUGAUUGGACCGCCAGGUGUGGCAGGUACGAAGGGUCAGAAAGGGGAACCAGGAGAUAUAGUCGGCGGCUUGGGAGAUCUUAUGUUGAAAGGUGAAAAAGGCGACCCUGGAAAAGAUGCAGUGCAGUACGUGCCAGUCCCUGGGCCACCUGGACCACCCGGGCCACCAGGAGUGUCCGUCAUCGGUGAGAAGGGUGAACCUGGAGAGCCUGGAAUACCAGGAUCCAACUACAGGCAAGUCUAUGGAGAACCGUCUUUCAUCCCACAUCAGAGAACGGGAGCAAAGAAAGGAAUUGAAAGGCUUCAGGAAGAACUAGAAAAUCUCAAAGAACGGACAGAGGGUAAGCUUAAAGAAAAUAAUAUUCAAAAUGAAGCUACGACUUUACUUUCAAUGACUGAUGCAUGGAGGAAUCCAGAUAUAACUCCACCAACUGAAAAUACUAAAAUCGUACCCGGAGCAGUAACAUUCCAAAAUUUGGAUGCUAUGUCUAAAAUGUCACUUGUAAGUCCAGUGGGAACUCUUGCAUACAUCAUUGACGAGCAAGCCUUGUUGGUGAGAGUCAACAAUGGUUGGCAAUAUAUUGCACUGGGCACAUUAGUUUCAAUUGCAACUGAAGAGCCGCCUACCACAACAACUGAAAAACACAGACCUCCGUUUGAGUCAUCAAAUCUAGUCAAUAACCAGCCUGUGCCAAUGGAUGGUCCUGUGUUAAGAAUGGCCGCCCUCAACGAAGCCUACACUGGAGGUAUGAACGGCCCUCGGGGAGCUGAUUAUGCAUGUUACAAGGAAGCAAGAAGAGCAGGACUCAGAGGCACAUUCAGGGCAUUCAUAACCUCACGAAGCCAAAAUCUUGACUCAAUCGUAAAGACAACUGACCGGGAUUUGCCAGUUGUAAACAUAAAGGGUGAUGUUCUUUUCAAUUCAUGGAGAGACAUCUUCAAAGGCGAUGGUGCUGUUUUUGCACAACAACCUAGGAUAUACAGCUUCAGUGGAAAGAACGUACUAACAGACUUCACAUGGCCACAGAAAUAUAUCUGGCACGGAGCACUGGCGACUGGUGAAAGGGCAAUGGACAAAUAUUGUGACGCUUGGGAAACCGAUAGCUCAGAUAAAUUAGGCCUUGCAUCUCCAUUGAUGAAAGGCAAACUCCUUGGUCAGGAACCUCUCGCAUGUAGCCACAGUUUUGCAGUGUUGUGUAUUGAAGUUGCUUCAACUUCCCUACCACAAACAACAAGGCGGAGAAGGAGCUUAGAUGCAGAACUAUCCGAGCAUGAAUACACCGCAUUUUUAGAAAAACUUUACAAAAAUGAAGCACUGUAA